AUGUGUAACCCGGCGUGGGAAGCUUUAUCAACUGUUCAGGAGACUGCCAACGUUCUUACCGCCGGUAGUACCCCGACAGAACAGACUCCGAGCGUCCUAUUACAAACGUUCCGAAGCUGGGUUGGAACCGGCCUGAACCAAGCUUACAUCCGCGGCAUUAUCGACGGAGGGAGCCAAAAGACUUUCAUCAGGGAAGACUUGGCUAGGAAGCUUAAUUUGAAGGUUGUCGGGGAACGUAUCAUGCAACUCAACACCUUUGCUUGCAGUGACUCAAACAGGUGUAGGCAGAAGUUCACCGUAGUUAGAAUCCAUAUUAGGGGCCAAUAUAAGACAGCGGAUCAUGUCUUAGAAGCAGUCGUCGUGCCUUUCAUCUGUCAAAACAUCAUAGAAACUCCAGUAGAGCACACAUUUCUCAAGACUAUCCCAGGAGACAUCGCCGACAAGUUGAUGUUUCCAUCGACUCAAGUGGAAGCGGGCAUAAGCCUUUUAAUUGGAGCGGACCAAAUGUGGAAAUCGUUGACCGGCGAGACGCGCCGCUCACCUUGCAACACCGGGCUAGUAGCCAUCGCAACGACUUUGGGAUGGACCUUUCAGGGUCCAACGAGCACAGUGAAUGUCUUCUCAGAUAAUACCACAAAUUUGAUGGUGUGCGUGUUGAGCGUGGGAGGGGCUGACGAAGAAGAUGAUGCAGCGUUAAAACAUUUCUGGGAACUGGAGACCAUUGGAAUCGUGGAUGAACCUAUGGAUAAGAAACAACAGGAAGAAAAGGUGUUUGAGCAAUUCAAGGAAAACAUCCGACAAAAGAACGGUCGGUACGAGGUCGCGUUGCCGUGGAAGGAGACAAAAACGACCCUUGGAGAUAAUUAA